CUUUUGUAAUUACUUGUAAUUUCUUGAAAAUUCAUUCAAGAAGAAUAUUAAUUAUGUCUGAUUGUGUAUUUUUUCACUAUUCAACUCCUUCGUGUUCAUGAUACCGUUUUCAAUAUAAGACUAGUUUCAGACAAUUUACAUUUCGAAUGAGGUUAUUUAUACUAAUUUAUAAGUAAAAAGAAUGUAUAUAUAAUAUUACAGGGUGCGGCAGAAAAUUUACCCUCUAAUUGUAAGUUGUAUUCGUCCUAACACGAAAGUACUUCAAGUUUGGAAUUUUUUCACAUUUCUGUUCGAUUCUCCAUUCACUCGGUAAUAUAUACGUUUAUUUACUAUAUUAAAAAAUUUAAUAAUUAUUGAUUAUUGAAAAAGACCAUAGAAUCUAAGGAACCAAAGAAAUUGCCAACUAAUUAAUUUAUAUAAAAUCAUUUAUGUACUCUAGUUAAAGAUAAUUCAUUAUGUUUACUGUAUCACUUCUAAAUUUCUAAACAAAUUUAUUUUUCCCAAUUUCAUUAUAUUUGAGACAUACUAGAAAUGUAUCAAAUUGCAUAAAAAUACGAAAAUUGAUUAAAAUUUAAAAGAAUCAUUAUCUUGUUCGUUCUACAUGCUUUGUAAUUCAAGUAUGAUAAGAAAUUUCUUGGCAGUCUUCCAUGGAAAUUACGAUUGCAACUAAAAAGUGAAAGUUAUUAAAAGUAAAAUUUAUUAAAAGUGAGAUUGAUGCUCAUAAGUUGAAAAAUCAAAUCGAAACCGCAGGUAGUCUGUACGAGAAUUAUUAUUUAAAAUAAUAAACCUUAUUGAGUUGAGUUUCUGAAUGUGUGAGUUAGGUAAAAAUGGCAACAAAAUGAAUUGAAAUAAAAUACGAGCUUAGAACAGAUGUUUCCGUUGUUCAAGAAACGAAGUUUACAGCACUUCGCAGGGAAUCUAGGUCAAAUAUGUAUUAUAAAAUUUGUUUCUCUUAUUGGAUCGUACCAAAAAUGUGCAAUUUGAAAGUACUAGAUAAUGUAAUACGUUUUCUUUGUGUUUAACAAUUGUUUUAAAUUCAUUUUAAUUACUUUUAUCAAUUAAAAAACAAAUUUUUUGAAUAUAAUUUCCAAAACUAUUUAUUACUUUCUCUGUUACGUUAUAUUAUUUUCUAUAUGUAUUUUAUACAUGUGCAUUAUGUAUCAAAUGUUUUAUGAGGUAAUAUAUAUCGCAGAUUAAAAAAUGCUUUGUAAAUCUUGUAAUACUUAAAUCAUUGAAUUGAAUCAUAAUUCAAUUUGAUAGAAAUAAAAAAUAAUAUUAAAGGUACUUAACAUUAAUAAUAGAUACUAUUAAAUACAAACAACAAUUUUUAUUCCUCUGACCGUUACCAUCAGGUUUUUAAAUUGAUAGUUGAAUGAUCAACUUCUGUCUUCUUUAUCGAAUUAAUAAAUUUGCAGCAUCUGGAUCUAAGGAUUUUGUCAUCUUAUUACAUGAUUGAAAAGCAGCAUAUGAAGUAAGUCUUCGUUUGUUGCAAUUCUAGACAUUUUUCUCGUACUCUUACUUCUAAAUCUUUUUAAAUCUUUGUGUUUGGUUCCCUGUGCUUCUGCAAAAAGUUGGCCGAUGGAAAGGAUCAGGAUAAUAUAAACAUUUCACGUCUACAAUGUAUACAGUUCGUUAGAAAACGUUCCGAUAAUUCUUGUUCUUGCCUAAUUAUGUAAAAAAAAGUAUUAUAUAUUAAGUGGACCGGAAAGUAAUGUCGUUUAUUUUUCAUUAAAUUCGAACAAAUUUUUAAUAAAUUCCUUUUUUUAAUCAAUUAUGUAAUCGUCCUCGUUAUCAACAGCCUUUCCCAAUUUAGUGUAAAAAUUUCGAAUGCCAGAUCGAUAAAAAUCAAUGAGCUAGUGAGUGGUAAACAAGUAUUUCAAAUUGAAAAAACGACAUUACUUUCCAGUCCACCUAAUAAAUAUUCCAAUUCGUGAAAAUGUGGAACCUUUUUGAACUCAAAAGAUAUUCCUUGUCAAACCUAGCAAACUUUGACGAUUCUUUCUAUUUGAUCGAUUAUUUUUUUAAUAAAAUUCAAACAAUCAUUUUUAAUUCGAGACGUGAAUCUCGAAUCAAAUGGGGUUGACACGAUGUCGAGAAAAAGAAAAGGAUUUUCUUGCCCGAAAAACGGUAUUUAAAAAAUGUUUAAGUUCGAAUGUUACUUUUAAUUACAGUUUUCAUUAAAUUUCAUUAAUUUCUCCGUUUUCAGUAGCGAUGAACAAUUGCGAAACAAUAUAAAUUCAACAGAUAUUGAUAUGUGCUGUAGGACGCAGAAUAAACUAUUCUGCACUGGGUACAUACAAUACUUCAUUAUUUUGUUAUAAAAGCAUAUUCGUGGCGUCCGAAUUCGCACUGGGGAGUCGUUCACCGCAUGCUCGUAGACGGAAACAUUAAACAAACGAGUGACGACACCUCAUAGGUCGGUAUUAUAGACAUAGAUACGUCGGUGUUAUAUUACAAUAUCUCAACAAUAUGAGACAAUUGAUUUUUAACCGACUUCGAAAAGAAAGAGGUUACUCAAUUCGACAUGUAUAAUUUUCUUUUUUUUUUUUAAAGGUAUGUUUACCGAUUACGCCGAGAUGGCGAACCAAUCGGAGUGAAACCUCUUGCAUCUUGUAGAAUAUUUCUUCCAGUAGGUCCCGUACACAAAACAUUUUGUGAUUUGUCAUGUUUUACCUGUUUCUUUGCAAAAAAACAGCAAAAUUUUGUCUUGCUUCUUACUCCGAGACGGAUGGACCAAUCGGAUUGAAACUUCUUGCAUCUGGAAGAGCAUUUGCCAUUUGGUCCCAUAACAAAACAUUUGUCCUUGUCUUAUUUAGCAACAUGUCACUAAAUUCUUCGAUCCGGCCCACUGUGCCACGGUCUGCAAGAGUUCGAAGCAUAACCAUCGACGGGUGGCGUCGGACUGUUAUCAAACCGAGGCUCCGUCCGGUGGAACCCCCAGCCGACGCCUAGACGUAACGGCGCAAGCUCGGUCAGCGUCCCAGAAAUCCUGAAACACGAAAACGAUCCUCUGAACACUUUACGCCGGCCGCAAGCGUAAACGCGUCUUCUCGCAGUCGCACCAGUGGUUGGCUCCCGGCACCGUUGGCAGCACCAGCAUCCUCCUGCGCUGCCACCCCUCCAGAAACGUCGCCGUCGGUAACCACCCUCGAUCCUUCUCUCCCGACAGGCUUCCACCGCGUAUCCACGUACACCUCAGCAAGACCGGGUAGACACGUUCUUUUACUGGCGUGCAAGGCCGAGCUCGUCCGUUGGUAGUUUUAUUAAGAACAACUAGGCUGUUCAGGGUGUUCAGUGGUGUGAUCCCCGGGCCCAGCUGCUCGUGAGCUGGUUUUUGGUUCGUGUCUGAGGGUUAUUGAUCCGAUCCCACCCAACGAUUCAGUGAGUCGGACGAUCAUGUUAUCACCGAAGCACCCAGGUUGAUGGUAUUCAUGCAAGAUUAUAUGGAAAACGGGGGCAUGGGUACCUGAUAGUUAUUCUAAAUAUUCUGUAUAAAGAUUUGGCGCGAUGCGAGUGCUCCUCUCGAAACUUCCGAGACCAUGGAUAGUUGACGAGAAAAAGGACGAUGGUUACACGGCCCUUCACCUGGCUGCCCUCAACAAUCACGUCGAAGUUGCUGAACAGCUGGCACGUGCUGGAAAAGCUGACCUGGAUUUGCAAAAUGUCAAUUUGCAAACCGCGCUUCAUCUCGCCGUCGAGCGACAGCACACGCAGAUCGUUCGUCUGCUGGUACGCGAGGGCGCCAACUUGAACGUGGCAGACAAGGACGGCGACACGCCUCUUCAUGAAGCUUUGAGAUAUCACACGUUGUCGCAGCUGCGACAACUGCAAGACGUCCAGGACGUCGGUCGCCUCCUGAUGGGUCUGGGCGCCCAGGGCCAGGACAAGAAGAGCAGCUCGUUCAUUGCCUGCUUCCUCGCUGCCCACGGAGCCGACCUGGAAUUGAAGAACAAGAAGGGACAGACUCCUCUUGACCUAUGUCCGGAUCCGAAUCUCUGCAAAACGUUAACCACUUGCCAUAAGGACAGAGAAUCACACAAUAUUGAAGCGACAGUCCCAUCAGCGACGAUCGACGAGUGUUUGGUCUGCUCGGAUGGAAAACGUGAAAUGCUUUUCAACCCCUGCGGACAUGUCGCUUGUUGCAACACUUGUGCACCAAGGGUAAAGAAAUGCUUGAUCUGCCGAGAGAACGUUCUAUCGAGAGUGAAGAUCGAGGAGUGCGUAGUCUGUUCCGAUCGCAAAGCUGGCGUGUUAUUUCGUCCAUGUGGUCACAUAUGUGCUUGCGAAGGUUGCGCUACCCUUAUGAAGAAAUGCGUCCAAUGCAGAGCUCAGAUUCAACACAUGAUACCCCUAUCCGUCUGUUGCGGUGGUCCAGGAGACGUCACUUACGUUAAGGGAUGCAAUACUUCAGGUAACAUCUCAGACGUAAAAAGCGAUCCAGAAGAAGAACCGACGACAAGCAAGCAAGCUACCGCUACUGGGGAGCCUCUUAUGAACAAUGGAAGCAUAGAUAAAACGCUCAGCGAUAUAGAGAAACUCGAACAGCAACUUCAAGACAUCAAAGAACAGACCAUGUGCCCAGUUUGUUUGGAUCGUUUGAAAAACAUGAUAUUCCUAUGCGGCCACGGAACCUGCCAAAUGUGUGGAGACCGGAUGUCAGAGUGCCCGAUAUGCCGGAAGGCCGUUGACAGACGAAUUUUGCUCUACUAAGCACAAAAAACCCAUUGUUUUUAUGUUGCUGGAAUUUUACAUACGGACAAAACUAAGAGGAUAUUUAAAUAUUGUCUCCAUUCGGCGAUAUAAAUCUGACAUCUCGUAAAAUUAAUGGAUUAAUUAAAUAUUGUCUUGGCUACUCUUUACUUUGGGGCACUAAAAAUUAUGAACUUUUUUUGUACCAUUUAGUAAUUUUUGAUGGCCAGAUUACGAAAAUGUAAGUUGAAAUGUUAGGAAUCCAACAGUUAAAAAGAUACGCGUGUGUAAAGUUGAGCAUUUUUGACGUAUUUAGUUGGUUAAUCCGACGCCAUAUUGGCUUUGACCGUGGGUUUGGUGGGUAAUUAGGUCGGUAAUGCCAUUCAAUUAUAAACAUGGUACAAAAAAAAGUUCAUAAUUUUUGGUGCCCAAAAUAAAGUUUAACCAUUGUCUUGAUUCGGAGAUUUGAUAUUUCGUAAAAUUAAAAAAUCUACAAAUCAUUAGUAGACUGCGGAUGUUGAUGCAAAUCCAUAUUUGAGACAAAUUUGGAACAGAAAUUGAAACUUAAAUGAAAGUAUGUCUUCUCUUCUGAACAGUAUAACAUAUACAUCAUUGUUGAUAUAUUAUAUAUUUUUCCAUUUGUACACAUUCUCAUAAAUUUACCCAUAUUCUCAUUUGCCAUAAAUGCAUAAACAUUCGCAAUUUAAUUAUUACGAACUUUCUCAUCAAACACUAUUGUACUAAUGUUAUACAUAAGUAUUCUCGAAAUUAACAAUCAGUAAUGAAAAGAAUAUGGAUCUUUUUUUUUUAAUUCUAUUAUUUAAAGUCGCAGGCCUCCAGGCAUUAGCGACCACAUUUUUGUUAUCAGAUAAUUUACUAUAAGAAUAAUGAUUAUUUCAUAUGUAUGUGUCGAAAAAAGACUAUACACAAUAUUCAAAUGUUCUUUUUGAAUAGAAAUAAGACGACGAAGAGAAAUUUCAUUUGUCCGCAAAACUCGCAACUUCGGCUGUUAAUUAUGCGUCGUAAUAAUCAAUUCGAUUAAGUGCCGAGAUAAUCAAUCGCUAAUCGAGCGAAGCACGAAACGGAAGUAAUAACGUAGCGAAGUAUACAAGAAAUUUGCCACUGUCAGAUAGGUACGUUUGGCUUCCUCAAAGCGAGCCGGGAUUAAAGAGUGUGAAAUAAAUUUGCGAUUUGGAAAUUCGUAACUUGGAUUUAAAGCAUGUACAAAUUCUUUGAAUCCAAUAUCAUCAACUAUUUGAAAAGUAUGUGCUGAAGUGUCCUGAAAUGUUGACAGUAGCAAUGGCAAUACGUUACUUGGACCAGGUUGAGAAUUUGUAGUAUGUUCUGAACUGUCUUGAGUUGUUGGCAAUAUGAUAAUAUUGCUUGGCCCAGCUUGAGGAACUUCUGGAUUAUCAGGAUCAGUUGCGGACUGUGAUGACUGUGGGUAGAAAAAAUGGAAACAUGGAGAAAUACAUUCUACAAUCAAUAGAUAUAUGAAAAAGCAUGCAGGAAAAUGUUUUUAGAUUAGAGAUAAUUACAGUGUUAAUACGUACAAACAAAAAUAAAUAUUUUUGUUAUAUUUUUA